ACUCAUUCAUUCAUUCAUUCAUUCAUUUUUCAUCUUAUUAUUCCAACAGAGUACUUUAUAAAUAGCUCAUUACUUAGUUAAGAGUGUAAAAGAGAGGAAUUCUUUAGAGAAGAAUGGGAAAAGAGAUAGUAAGAGCAGAAUCAGGUGAUGAGUCGACCUUCAAUUGGUCAUCAGAUUCAUCAUCCUCAGCAUCUUCAUAUGAAGAACAUGACAUGAAUAGCAGGAUGCCUUUGUUGGCAUUAAAUCAUGUUUCCUAUGUAUGCAAGUCAGUUCCCAAAAGUGUGGAGUUCUAUCAGCAAGUUCUAGGAUUUGAUCUCAUCCAGAGGCCCUCUUCCUUCCAAUUCGAAGGAGCUUGGUUGUUCAACCACGGAAUUGGAAUACAUUUGUUAGGAAGAGAAGAUGCAGCAUCAAAUAAGGGGAAGAUAAAUCCAAAAGACAACCACAUAUCAUUCCAAUGCACAGAUAUGGACCUUAUCAUGCAGAGAUUGAACGACAUGGAAAUUGAAUAUGCUACUGCUACUGUAGAGGAAGGUGGAGUUACUGUUGAUCAGCUCUUCUUUCAUGACCCAGAUGGGUACUCCACAGCCAGCAGUCAUGGUAGAGAACUGGCCACAGAGUUUGCUCCACUCAAGAAGCUCUUCGAAUUCUUGUUUAAGGGACAUGACGCUGAACCGCCAUACUAA